ACACAUUGGCAUUUGCACUACCUAAUUUCAGGACUCCCAGCUGCCUAUAUAACAACAACAAACACCCUUCGAGAGAGCACCAUUCCCCCACUUUUGUGCCUAAUUUCCUCUCUUUUCUUUUCCAUCAUCACUGACUCAUUUUGGGGAGGUGAAUCUCAAAAUCCAUAGAUAUGGCUGUGGCAUUUGUUCUGCUUGUUCUCUCGGUGGCUGCUCCGGCAGCCUUCGCGACGCAGCAUGUCGUCGGGGGGAGCUCCGGCUGGACCCAAGGGGUGAAUUACGCCACUUGGGCUUCUAGUCUAACUUUCGCCGUUGGUGACACACUCUUGUUCUCAUACGGGUCGAGCCACAGCGUGGAUGUCGUAAGUCAAAGUGACUACAACAAUUGCAACAUCAACAGUCCUCAAAAUUCCUACACCGGCGGCAGCACCGUCAUCUCCCUCCCCUCCCUCGGGACAAUGUACUUCAUAUGCGGCACCCCUGGCCACUGCCAAAGCGGCAUGAAUUUAGCUGUCACCGUCUCGGCAACAACCAACGGUUCAGCCCCCGGCGGCUCCCCGUCUCCGCCGCCACCUCCGCCGCAUCACACCUCGGCUGCCACCACUGGAAACUUCGGUGGGAAGAUGUCUCUGUUGCUCGAGUUCUCAUUGUUGGUGGUUGCCUUUGUUGGAUUUAUGGCAUAGAGAAGAGGCAGUGCAAGUGUUUUUUUUUUUUGAAUUCCUUGUGUAUUUGUUAGUCCCUGUGGCAUGAGACAUCGUUGAUGAUUUUUGAUGAUUUUCUGUACAAUUAGUGGUUGCUUGUAGUGAGACGUAGCUUUACGGUACUGUGAUUUUGUAAUAAAGUAGACGUGAUUAGUGGUAUUGUUUUAAUUUUCUAUAGAUGUUGAUCUGGCACUAAUUAAAAUCCGAAAAGGAAAAUUAGCUUUUCA